GUCUACUGUAGCCCUGGGGACUUCUGGGAGGUUCAUUGGGGUCCAUUGUUUAGACGACCGUGCCGACCCCCCUAGUGGUGACCAUCCCGUGGCAUGGCCUGGGAGGACAUGGAGGUGAUGAGGUUGCUGCAGCAGGCCAACGUCGUGUGGACGGACGGAGAGGAUGGCCGGAAAAAGUCCGUGGUGCUGUUCAAGCUAGCGGGCCGCCGGGGCUACUCGCCCGCGUACGCCCUCCUGGCGCAGCGGGCGCUGCGCGCGGGCGACGUCCCCGUGGCCGUGGACGCGCUCUGCGCCCUGCUCGGCCACAAGGACGCGCGCCUCCAGAGCAGCGACGGCCUGCUCGACGCCUGCGCGGACCAGCUCGCCGAAGCCCUGCGGGACCCGGCGCACGCGGACCUGCUGGCGGCGCGCGCGCCCGAGCUGGAGCGGCUCUCGAAGACGUGGCCGGCCCUGCAGGUGCUGCUCGUGCUGGCCGCGGUGAGGCAGGGCGGCGGCGGCGGAGGAGCGGCUUCGGCGUUGCAGGACCUUGCUGGCAAGCAGGCGCACUCGAGGGCGCUGAUCGAAGAGAUCGCGUCCACGCCAGCGGCGGCAGCGGGCAGCUCCGGAUCUUCUUCUUCGCGGCCAAAGGCGACAGUACCGCCUCUCAUCGAAAUCAUCGAUGAGGCCCCGUCUGUCGGUGCCUCGGCCGCCAAGAAGACGCCGGAGAACCUGGCCAGGCUUCCCCCCAAGCUGCGGGAGAAGCUGCGCGACAAGG